UAUAAAUAGUUAUCUUUAAUUUUUCAUUUUUGUCUUUAACUGUAACACAUUUUUCAGUACCUACAAAGUUAGUAGUUUUUGUUUACUCUCUUUCUUUUCCAAUUAUUUCAUAUAUAAAUACACAAAGAAGAAAACAUCAAAACCUUUCUCUAUGCACUCAAGAAGAGAAGGAAAAAAAACCAUAAUCCAACAAAUUUCAUAUUUUGCAUCAAAAAAUCUUGUUUUGUUCUUCAAAGCAACCUUAACUAUUGUCAUGGAAAACCAUAUUGAAGUAGAAAAACAACAACAAAAACCUUCACAACCAUCUUCACAAUCUUCUUCUCCUACUCAUGAAUUCUCCUUCACAAUCUCACACAAUACAUUCAACAAAUCAUUCCAAAAUUCCAACAAUAAAUCAAAAUCAUCUUCACCAAAUUCCUUCACAGCCCUUGAUUUAUCACCUGCUGAUGAUAUUUUCUUCCAUGGUCAUUUACUUCCUCUCCAAAUCCUCUCAAAUUUUCCUUCAUCGAUAUCCCCUCGCGCUUCGACGAAUUCAAUGGACAGUUUCACUCUCCCUAUAAGAGAAUUAUUCUCAGAAGAAGAAGAUGAUGAGAAUCUCCCCACAAAAGAGAGUAGCAUCAAGAAUAUGGAAUCAUCAAAAAAGGUAGAGGGUAAGUUCAAGUUUGGAUUUUCGUUAUUUAGUUCAGCAAAAGGAACAAAAGGGUGUCAUAAAGAGAAAGAAAAGAACAAAAAGAAGGUGAGAUUUGAUUUUCAUGUGAUUCAUCAUGCAAUGAAAAAGUGCUUAAGAAUGGUGAAACCAAUUUUCAAAAAAGAGAAAAUUAGAGUUCAUGAUAAAAAGUGUUAUUCUUCUUCCUAUUCAGGAAAUGUAACACCUAGAAAUAAACAAGAGAUGAUGAAAAGUUGGAAAUUAGGCCAAUAUUCAUCAGCACCAGCAUCAAUGAGAACUUCUCCAUCAAACAGUGGUCUUCUGUUUCCAACUACACCUUUAACUCCUGCUACUGAUAGUUCCAUGGAAGAAUUGCAGAAUGCUAUUCAAGCUGCAAUUGCUCAUUGCAAAAAUUCAUAUUCAAAAGAUGAGAAGCUCAAUUGCUGAUUUCAUCAAUCCUAGAGAUUAUUUUUGUCCUUAUAAUUAUAGUUUCUUUGUUAUAUUUUGAUUAUUGUGUAGAUAAUUGCUGAGAUUCAAAAGAGAAUAUGAUAUAUGAUUUAUUAGAGAGAAUAAACAUUUGUGAAAUAUUUUUUUUAAAUUAUAUACCAAACCGAAUUGAGUACUUUAGAGUUUACAACACUCACAUACUCUGCGUACAGCGUACAGGGAGAUCACUUGUUCUAAUACUAGUGUCGUUACUUGUGACGUGAGUUUUAUUAGUUUUAUCGGUUGAAAUCGAACUCGUAUUGGUCUGACGUACGUUCUAGAAUCUGCAUGUGUCAGAUUUGUUUCCAUAUCUAAUGUAGUAUGAGUGAAUGACUAGUAUCUGACAUUGUUCUUGGACUCUGAGCAUUUGUGUGGCUAUGUUAUUUGUUUUUCUUUCAGUUUCCUUCAAAACCAUAUCCAAUGCUAGUCCCACAUCAAUACAUUUGGACCAAGUAUACUAGAUUGAUUAGAUUCCUUUGCCAAAUGAUGGGUUCUUUUCUGUCGCAAUCGUUCAUCUACACAAUCUUCGUCUUACAAAUCUAUUUUAUAAGAUUUGACUAUGUGAUUUUGUCACUAGCAAAAAAAAAAAAUGAAAACAUUCAUUUGCACAAAUGCUUUCGAUGAAAAAUAACAGAGACAUAUGAAGCUUCGUAGCUAUAUUAACGCAUGAGUAACUGAGUUCGAAACAAAGUAACGGCAUCAUCUGGUUUAUUCUACAUAUAACCUAUAUGAAAAUUUUGAAGCAAAUGAAAUUAACAACAAGCUUUAAUAAAUAGCAUAUGACAUAAACUAUUGACAAAGACAAUAGGCAAUAGUUAAUCAUUCAAAAAUA